AAGCAUCAUAUGGUCAGAAUAGCAAUUGAAGAUUUGCGCAAUGCAACAAACACAACAUCAACCAUCGAUGAAGAUCUUAGGGGAGAAAUAAUGGAUGGAGUCGAAAAUGGUCAAAUUGUUUCCAAAGCUGUACAAGAGUCGAGUGAUUUCAAUGCGCAAACUUACGAUCAAGAAGAUCAAGAAGCAGAUAACAACGAUCUUGAUAAAAUUGUUGUAUACAAGAUGUCUGCCUUACUUUUCUUGAACUUUUCUCUUGAAGAAAUUUGGACAAAAGUAAUGGAACGACUAAAGAAAAACAGUUUGCGAGUACAAAAAAAGCUUUUUAAAGACAAAAUUAAUAAUGAUGUACAGCAAUUGUUACGUGAUAGAUCUGGUCAGAUGAGAAAUAAAUUUAUGAAUUUGGAAGAUUUAUUUGAAGAUUCGCUGUUAACUGUUGAAAUAAUUGAUUUUUUCCAUCAUUGUUUACGAAGAGAGAAGAAUAUGAAAAAAAUGGAUUUAAUCAUUUCAUUGCGAAGUUAUCAAGCCAAACUCUUACCACUUGAAGUGAUGAUGAAAGAUUGCUUAGAUACAUUGUGGGGCAAAUUACAUUUCAAAAAGGUAGAACUAGAAGAGGUUUUUGCUCUUAGCAUCCAAAUUACUAGUAUAAGAUGGUUGAUUUACUCCCUUUCCUAUGACAAUUUGCAGAACUUUUAUUUUUUCAUUGAGAUGGCAACACUUAUAUUUCCUAUGACAUUCUCAGAUAUGGAAGACCUUCUGCCAGAUUUUCUGAAGAAUCUUUUAGCAUUACAGCAUACAUUAAUAGAUCUGAUUAAGAUAAUAAGGAUAAUCGCUCAAAAACGACUAAAUAUGCCAUCUCCGCCAUCAUCGCCUUUACACAGUACCACAGAUUCCCCUCCUUUCGUGAAAAAGCAAAAGCAAGAUCCUUUUGGAAUUUUAAAUAAUUUGUACUAA